CAAAAAUUAAUUUUGUAAAAACUUCAGCAAAGAAAAAAAGAAUUUCGAUAUUUUCUUUAUUGUUUCCAACAAUUCAUUUCCUCUCUACAUUUUUCAAAGAAUCAAUUCCUCCUUAUAAGAAAGAUCAUCGAGAUGUUUUCCUUCUUCAAGAGCAAAAAACAGAGUCCGGAAGAACCAAUUCCCCCUGCAAAUCCCUCACCAGCUAAGCAGGAUGAAUUUGUCAUGGUUGACCCAAAGCCCCAGCAGCCACAGCAACCAGGAAUUUACCCAUCAAUUGGCCCCGGAAUGGCUCCUCCAUACGCGGGACUUCCGGGUUCCUUUCCUCCACCCACAGUGGCCCCUCAGCAGCCCUACAAUGCCCUCCAGGGGGUCCCAUUCAAGUUCUCCGAUCAACUUUGCACCUCCGACAAGACGGAAGUGACCAAAAUCAUGCUGUACGACUUCCUGGAAGUUUUCUCGAGGAAUCACCAAAAGGACGACUACGACUUUUCUGUUGAGCGGAGCGUUAUCAAUGUCUAGCAAAGCCUAAUUAUAAUUUAAUAUUUCUCUCAAAUUCUCAACUCUAUUCAACAUUAUUGCGUUAUAAAAAUUAUUUUUUUAUUUA